AUGGCUUACGCUCAGCCUGACGAACACUUCUUCAUCGAGGAUGAACCCCAGUCCAGUACCCGAGCCCGGGAGACCGCCAAGAUGCUCGCGCGCAGCCGACAAGACACCAUUGCCUGCGAGCUCUCUCGUCUUGCUGGCGAAGAGUACCUGGAGGAGACUCUUCCCGAUGCUAACCUCAUCGACAUGCAACGUGAGAUCCAAUGGUUUAUGCGCCCCUACCUCAUCGACUUCCUCAUCGAGGCCCACGCCGCCUUCGCCCUGCUGCCCGAGACGCUGUUCCUCACCGUCAACCUGUUGGACCGGUACUGCUCACGGCGUGUAGUAUAUAAGCAACACUACCAGCUCGUUGGGUGUGCCGCUCUCCUCAUCGCGGCCAAGUAUGGCGACAAGAAGGACCGUGUGCCUCAGAUUCAUGAACUCAACAACAUGUGCUGCGGCCUGUAUGAUGCUGGCAUGUUCACCCAGAUGGAGAUGCACGUCCUCAACACUCUGGAAUGGACCAUUGGCCACCCCACUGUCGACUUCUUCACCCAGCUCAUGGUUGCUGAGGAGCAGGACGACAAGGAGGUGGAGCACAUGGCUGCCUACCUUUGCGAGAUUGCCUUGUACCAUCGCGAUUUUGUUUCGACAAAGCCCUCGAUGAUGGCCCGCUCCUCAUUGGCCUUGGCGAGAGCCAUCCUUGGAAGACCCGAGGUCAAUGACGGCGACUGGGACCACACCGAGAACCUGACGCUGUUGACCCUCUCUCAACACCUUAACCAGCCCUCGCCAACCCUGGCCCGCAAGUACUCUUCAUCGUCCCUGUCCAAGGUGUCACAGAAACUGGCCGACUUCAUGGCCGAGCAGGCUGCGAUGGCCAGGCGCCAAGCCAACCCCCAGUCACCGCCUGCCGAGCCUCCCUCAAGACACGCCGACAUCUACAGCACCCCACAGAAGGGCCAUGGCCACGGCGCUGCUACCGGUUUCGACGGCUACCUGACGCCUCCCAUUACUCCCGACAACGCCUACGGAAACACGGCAAAGGUGGACUCGUACCACCAACUGCCGCCCCGAUGCCCCGUUACGCCAACUCCCCAGAGCCAUUCCUCUACAUACCCCCAGCACGUGCAGCAAUAUGCUGCCUUUGUGAACCAGCACGGAAUCCACCAGCAAUAG